UGGGACUUGCAGACGUUAACUUUAAACCCCCGCCGCCCGAUUUGAUUUAACCGGAAAAAAAUCGGAGAAAGAUGGAAGAAAGAGUGAAAUUCUUGGCUAUGAUCGGCGCCGGAGCUCUGUUGGGUUCUGCUGCCACCGUGGCUGUUCUCAAGCUUCUUCCUAGAAGAAUGAAAAGCGAGUGCAUAAGGGAAGCAGCCAAAACGAAUGGCGGUACGAAACAUUAUAACUAUCCUGCGGUUGUGGAUCGGGGGGUUGGAAAUCCAGACCUGCUAGCUGAUGAAGUAGUUUCUGAGCACCUUACUAGGAACAUUCAGUUCUUUGGCCUAGAGUCCCAAGAGAAAGUCACUCAAUCAUAUGUGGUGGUAAUUGGACUUGGUGGAGUUGGAAGUCAUGCUGCCUCUAUGCUUUUGAGGUCUGGGGUUGGGCGACUGCUUCUGGUGGACUUUGACCAGGUAUCAGUUUCGUCAUUGAACCGGCAUGCUGUAGCAACAAGAGAGGAUGUUGGUACUCCAAAAGCUUUAUGCCUUAAGAAGCAUUUUCAGUCCAUUUUCCCCGAGUGUCAUGUAAAUGCAAAGGUCCUGCUAUAUGAUUCAUCCUCUGAAGAAGAAAUUCUUUCAGGCAACCCUGAUUUUGUUUUGGAUUGCAUUGACAAUAUUGACACUAAGGUUGCACUUCUUGCUGCCUGUGUACGUAGAGGUUUAAAAGUUCUUUCUGCCACAGGAGCUGGUGCAAGAGCUGAUCCAACAAGAAUCCGUGUAGCAGACUUAAGAGAGUCAACAAAUGAUCCGUUAUCCCGAUCGGUGAGACAUCGACUGAGGAAGGACUAUGGUAUUGAUGGUGGCAUUCCUGUUGUUUUCUCUUUAGAGAAACCCAAGGCAAAGUUGCUUCCUUUUAAAGGGCCUAGUGGCGAAGAAGAAAAUCCUUCAGAUUACCAAGUUGUUCCAGGUUUCAGGGUUCGCAUCAUUCCUGUUCUGGGAACCAUACCUGCAAUAUUUGGACAAAUUAUGGCUUCCUAUGUUGUAACACAACUGGCCGGCCUGCAAGUUCAAAUGGAGCCAGUAGUGAAUCUUGAUACAGAUCAUUACUGUAUUCUCCAUCAGCGUCUUAUUGAGCAUGAAGAGUUACUCUAUGGCACAGCCAUGCAAGUACAGGUAGAUGUUGAAGAAGUUAUGUAUAUUGUGAAAGAGUUAUGGCAUGGACGAAGUGCAAGAGAUCAGUCCUUAAACAAUGUAGGGCGUGGAAUGUGGCGUUCUGUGAAUGAAUUAAUGCUUGUAAGAUGGGAUCAGACUAAGCCAGCAUCGGUUUCAAACUUAGUUCUACUUAAAUUUUCAGAGGCUGAUGAACAUGAAUCGCGAUCACUCGAAGAUAUACGGAAAGAAGAGCCAGAAUUUUUUGCAAGGGUGACAUCCGUCCUGAAGCAAGCCGAAUCAGAUUUUGGUUUGUAGAACGCCAUUUACUGGCACAAGCUCCAGUUUCCCCUUCUUGUGGCAGUGCUUUUGAAAACAUACCAGGCUUCCAGCUUCUGUGGGAGUAUUUGUAGUUCAACCGCACAUUGAGGAGAUAUUGGCAAUCUGCUCGUGCUAUGGCAGUCGGCAAACGCAUGAUUAAUGACUCGGAAGUAUGGAAGAUAUCAGAAUAGCUUUGCUUCUUUAUCCGCGUAUGUACUAUGUAGUAGAGUUCUUCAGAGGAGUCAGUCAGUCGAGAUAUUUUGCGGCAUCUACUUGCAAGUUGAAAUAGUAGUUCAAUUCUUGGAUAUUGAUUAUUCUGUACGAGGAGAAAUCAUUGAUACGUUGUUUUACUGCAGAUUGAGCUAUGUAAUUGAAUUGAAAAAUGAAAUCUUGUAGUAAUUUUUAUCGACAUUCAUUCAUGAAGGUGGUGCAUCUUUUUUGCCU